AUGUCCGUCGUGUAUCCGUCGUGUGUCCGUGCUUGUCCUUUUUGUAUUUGUGCGUACCUAUACGGUUGUCUGGUGCUUCCCAACGAUAUACCGGCGUUUAUAUGCGUUCGUUUACACAUUGUCGUUCAGGGCAUCGAGUAUACGGGGUACUACGCGAAGAUAACCAAUCAGAAGUUUAUAACGCGAGUGUCUACGAUGGGUUCGGAGGCGAAGAAUUUUGAGCAGUUGUUGAAGACGCGAUUACAUGUAUACAACGAGGUGGAGCGGUUGGCGCUAGGGUACCCGACGCUGGAGGCGGAGGUGAUAAAGCGGAAAGAGUUACAGUGUGUGCGAGAGGCUCUGGAGUUCUUCAGUCAGCAUUUGGGUUCAUGUAUUUAUCGGUACGAGCAGACCACGAGGUUUAUUACAGACUCGUCAGGGUCGGGUCGGGAUGCGGCGAGCAGCGUCAAGUACGUCACACAACCAGCAGCGAACGGUUUCGAAUUGUACCCAUACCUAUUAGUGAAUAUGAAGGCGGGUGUAUCUUUCCACGAGGUCACGAAACAGGGGAUGCGUCGUGUGGGCGGUUCAACCAUCGGUCUUGCCACCUUCCUCGGUCUCAGUCAGCAAUUCUGCGGUGCCGGAACCAGCGCUUACGACUCCUUUCUACAAUCCGACCUUGGUGAUCAAACGACUGUGGACAUGCUCGUAUCUGAUAUUUACGGAGGCGAUUAUAGCACCAUCGGACUCUCCGGCAGCAUGGUUGCCAGCACCAUGGGCAAAAUGCAGCACAUCAAGCCGAAAAAACCACCUGCCGAACGCCGACCUUCCUCACCUAGCUCCGCCGUUAAACCGUUCCCCUCUUUCACUCUCGAGGGUGAAGGCAGCCCUCGCCUUCUACCCCUCAGCCGAGGCAGCUGCCACGCACCCAGUGACUUCUUCGAAGCCCUGCAUGUCUCCGCUGCCACGGAAACUAUUGAUGACCGGUUGCCCGGAAACACCUCUGGAACCACAUCCUCCGGAGUCGAACGCGCGACCAACCGGUUUCCGGAAGAACGAUUAUCUGGAGGACGAUUAUCUGGAGGACGAUUAUAUGGAGAACGGUUGCCGGAGGACCGGUUGCCGGAGGACCGGUUGCCGGAGGACCGGUUGCCGGAGGACCGGUUGCCGGAGGACCGGUUGCCGAUCGAGUUUACGGCCAACGUGGAGGGGAGCACGACGAGUGACCAGGCGGUGGUGGGGAGCGAGGUUGACGGUGAGAGUGAGCUGAGUUACUUAGUGAAUUGUUCGUCGGAUUUGGAGAGUCCGUCUCUGCAAUUACGUUCACCGUUUUCGGAAAGUUUUUCACCCGGCGCGAAACAACCCGCUGCCGUGAGCACCGCAUCGGUCGACGAUUGCGGCUACAGCGAGCCGCCACACCGUCCCGGCAGUCAUGUGGAUACACCUGUGCAUGACUACCUCGGGUCUGUCGACUGUGCCUCUAGCACACUGACGGAACGAGCGCACGCCGUGCAUCGGGGCAACCACUCCCACUUGGGGGGCGACCACCCGGAUUCGGGGGGAGAGCAAGACCGGGGUCUUGCUCACUUAGGAGAGUACCCCCAUUCCCACUCAGAACACUACCCCGCGGCGUGCAUCGACUUGCUGGACAGCGACCCGACCAAGGUGCCACCGCCGCGCCAGUUGGGGAAGGAGGUGGAAUUAGACGGCGUCAAAGUGGUAAGCAUUUUGGAGAGCGACAGCGCAGCGAGCUACGUGUUCACAAACCGGCUGGUGAACGAACGUGGAACUGUGGCACCUGCGGCAGACCGAAGACCUAAAGAGUGCGAGGCUGACCAAACGGUUCACAAGGCGGAUGUGUACAAGAGCUUGUUAUCCAUGACAAGUUUCAACGUUGCCCAACUCGCCUACCUAAACGCCCGUAUCCAUAACUGCAAACGCAUUGUCAUGAUCGGCUACUACGUGGACAUGCCCGAGACUCUCGCCGCCGUGCAACAUUGCAUCCAGUUCUGGUCACAGGGUGAGAUCCAGAUCUACUUCGUGCGGGUGGCCCCCUACCUCGGUGCAAUAGGCGCCGCAUUGAGCGAAGCCCGACGUCACGUGUCCGGCCAGACGGUCUGA